GCAGGCUAGCAGCUGCAGAGCUGGACCACGUGGGUGCAGUGAGAGUUUGUUUACACUUGUUUGCUGCCUGAUAAUGAAAGAAAGCCACAUGUGUUUUCAUAUAUAUUGUGUUACAGUGUGUUUAGUGGUAUUUAUAUGAAUAUAAACACCAGAAUGAGGGUUUGUUUUGGGGUUAAAACACAUCAGCUGAUCAGCAGAGUCUUCUGUCAUCAAGUGAGAUGUCGAGCCUCUCAGUCCAGGCUCUGCUGCAGCUCUCCACCAGAUGAGGAGAAGCCUCGACCCUCCAUGCUGAGACACCUGACCUCCAAAAUAAAAGCCACAGGUCCCAUCACGGUGGCGGAGUACAUGAGGGAGGUUCUCACCAACCCAGUGACGGGUUACUAUGUGAGGAACAACAUGUUGGGACCGGACGGAGAUUUCAUCACGUCACCAGAAAUCAGCCAGAUCUUUGGAGAGCUGCUGGGCGUGUGGAUCAUCAGUGAGUGGAUGGGAGCCGGUCGACCCAAACAGCUGCAGCUGGUGGAGCUCGGACCGGGGAAAGGAUCGUUAGCCGGAGACGUCCUCAGAGUGUUCAGUCAGUUGCGGUCGGUGGUGGGUGAAGCCUCGCUGUCUCUCCACCUGGUGGAGGUGAGUCCGGUUCUGAGUCGUCUUCAGGCCCAGAAUCUGACCGGCAGCCGCAGCAGAGAGGCGGAGGCCGAGGACGAGCCGGUGUACCGCCGCGGGGAAACCGCCGCCGGGCUGCCGGUGUCCUGGUACCGCCGCUUAGAGGACGUCCCCACAGGAUUCAGCAUCUUUCUCGCUCACGAGUUCUUUGACGCUCUGCCGAUCCACAAAUUUCAGAGGACGCAGAAAGGCUGGAGGGAGGUGAUGGUGGACAUCGACCCGGAGAAGACGGAGCAGCUGAGGUUCGUGGUGGCGCCGUCUCCGACUCUGGCCUCGUCCACGCUCGUACAGGCGGAUGAAAGGCGGGGUCACGUGGAGGUUUGUGCGGACGGCGGCGUGGUCGUCCAGCAGAUGGCCCGGCGGAUCGAGGAGGACGGCGGCGCGGCGCUGAUCGCCGACUACGGACACGACGGAACCAAGACGGACACGUUCAGAGGUUUUAAAGGUCACCAGCUCCACGACGUCCUCUCCUCCCCCGGCUCGGCCGACCUCACCGCUGACGUGGAUUUCAGCUUCCUGCGGCGGAUGGUCGGAGGGGUCGUGACCUGUGUGGGACCCGUCACCCAGAGGACGUUCCUGAAAAACAUGGGCAUCGACUCCCGAAUGCAGGUUCUGCUGAGGAGCUGCAGCGACGCCUCCACCAGGAAGCAGCUGAUCGGCAGCUACGACAUGCUGACCAACCCGGACAAGAUGGGCGACCGCUUCCACUUCUUCGGCCUGCUGCACCACAGCCGGCUGUCCAAACCCACGAGAGCCGAGGGGCUGAAGCUGGAGAAGAAGAGCCCGGCGCCGCUGCCUGUGGCCGGGUUCACCGAGCUCAGCUUCUCAUGAAGACUUUCAACGACACGGAGAGAAAGAAGUGUGGAGAGAAAAUGGAACUCUGACAGAAGGGGACGAUGCUGUUUCUACAGCCGACAUUAAAAAGCAUUAAGAGAGUUUAAGAGAAGAAGUUUUAUGUCCAACAUGAAGUGAGCUAAAAGGACAGUUUCUCUUUAAGUUAAUUGUAAAGACGUUUUAAUAUAAAGAUGUAAGGAAAUAAAGAAUUUGUGCAUUUAUUGUUCAACAGUUCAUAUACACGGUUUUCCUAACAACAUGAAAAAAACACUUUUUAUAUUCCAAAUUCUACAAAACCUGAAUCUUUUCCUGAAACUCUACAUGAAAGGUUGAGAGUUAACAUGAUCCCUAAUUAGAACUGUGCAAAUGAAUCCCAGGUUGAAAAGAACCUGAAAUGUUUUGUCUUACACGGCCUACCGACAACGGAUACCCAAAGAGACCUGUGACACCUCCAAAGGUCAGAGGUCAACCCCGGCAGCAGGAGGAUCUCUUCCCUCUCCUCCUCCGUCCCCAUCUUGAAGCGGUUAGCUGAGCUCACAGUCGAGCAGCCAUCCCCGGCCGCUCCUCCGGUGGCGUUUAACAGAUCGUGUUACACGUGUGAGGAGGUUCGCCGCCGCCAACGCAAGCAGCCGGCCCUCCAGAGGAGCGGCGGAGCGAGGCCAUCGUGUUCAGGACGGGUAAUUAAAUGAUCGUUUCCAAACAUCCUGCUGGGGAUCAUUAUCAGCUUUUCCUCUGAUUCAGGAGGGGAUGUUUAGUUUUGUUUUGUUCCAACCAGACUGUCGUAAAAUUUGGAAUAAAUUAGAGGAUUUUAAUAUGAAACCGCCUCCAAUUUAAGAUGUUUUAUAGGUUCCUCCUCACCACGGGUUGGUUGUGCCUUUGAAUCUAACUUAGAUUUGAUUUCUC